AUGAGCAGUAAGGUGAUUGUAUCAUCUCCCGUCCAUGAAGGAGGCUCACAAGCAGGUUCAGCUUCCGAAGACGCUGAAUAUUAUUAUCCAGGAAGAUAUAGAUUUGUGGAUUAUUGGGCGAAUAGCAUUCUUAAUUUUACAAUGAGAGAUGAGCAAACAGCAAUUUAUGAUCAGUCGGCAUCCUUGUCUGAAAGUCCUUUUUCAAAAUAUUUAAGUGGACUGGAUGGAUUGAAAAUUGUAAUGAAAUCAUCAUCAAUGGGAGCAAAUAAUAUUCCGACAAAUGCUUUUCAACAGGAACAAUAUAUUCCAUAUUUACAAUUGGAAGAGGAGGGAGGUUUUGAUCGCAAGUUAAAACGAGAUUUACCACUUUCCGAUGCAAGUAAUCAAUCACCAUAUCAAAUGAUUAUUCCUCUGAGAUUCCAUGAUGAAGGAUUGAAGAAUUUUACAUUCAUGCUCCGAAGACUUUCUACUGUGAAACAAUUUUUGGUGUCAUCCAUUCUCGCUCACAAUGUAGAAUCGUUAUUUGGCCCAUUAGAAAGAAGAAGUGAGCUUGCUAGAAGAAUAAUGGCAUCACCUCUGGAUAUUAGAUCGCAUCUUUAUCCUGAUACAACAUUUUCAAUGUGUCUGAAACUUGGACUUGCUCCAUUUAUCAUCCAACAUGAAAUGAGACUUCCAAAUUUAAUUAGUAAUUCAUCCACUGGAAAAGGUUGGAUCAAUGAUACACUAGUGAGCAUCAAGUCCAAGCGUGGACAUACUGAUAUUUUCCAAUCUUUUGCUUCAGAUUCUUCAACCACUGCAUUGUUAGGUUUAUACAGAGCUUAUAGAUCGAAAAAUGUAACUAUUGAUUUAGGUGGCAGUAUUUUAGCCAGAGAUUUUAUUCCUGGAAAUUUGACAUACGCUGCUCGAUUAGGAAUUAUUUCACCACUGUCACACAAAAAGACGGCUAUUGUAUUGAAUGGAAGCUUAUUAGGACACAUGCAUCUUUCAUUCACAACACAACUGUCCAAGAUUUAUGGAAUUGCUGCUAGCGCUCAGCUUCGUUAUAAUAGUACCAACUUGAAGGCUGAAUUAGGUGUUGGCUUAGAAUGUAUUUCACCUCCUCGAGCUGAGGAUUAUGCUGUCAAGUUCAGAGUUGAUACGGAAAAGGGAAUCGCUUGCAUGUUGGAAAAAAAGAGAUUCUGGGAUAAUGACAAAAUUACGAUGGGUGUCUCCAUUGCCAACACCGCACCCAUUGAUGCAUAUGGGCCACUGAUUUCUGAUUUGAAGCUUGGUUUAAAUCUUCAGAUUGAAUAUUGA